ACACGGUACAUGUGUUGUGUGCCAGCAAUGGGGGGAAGAAGCCGAAUCAAAAUUAUAUUUUAAUGAUAUUUUUUCCAAUACAUUACGAUUCUUGCAUUACUUCUCGGCGGCCUUUAGGCCUAACUAGCAUGCUAACCACCACGCUAGCUUAAGCAGUGAGUCGUUUGCACGGCUUCAGCUUUAACGUUAGCACGCAAGCUUGCAAAUCCGAUAUUGUAGUGCCAGCUAACAUUAGCUAGUGCGUGUUUCUGUCCAGGCUAGGUAGUAGCUGGGUAGUUCUCAGAAAUGCAGUUGUAAUAACGUGACUUAAGAUACAUUUAAUGGAAUUACAGAUAUGCUUUACUAGCUUUCACGUUAAGUUUAUCAAUUUCCAUAGUUUGUUUUAUUGUGCCAAUACUUCACAUCGUCAGUAGACCGCCGCCCACUUAGCUAACGUUAGCUGUUACAUUAACUAUGGCCUAACGUAGCUAGUUAGCUGGGCUAGAAACAUUUUACCCGCGCUGUGCGAUAUUUUCAUGGUUGUAGUAGCUUAGGAGGUAGCUAGCUAUCUAGAGGAGCAGGGUUUUGCCUCAAAACAGCGGUAAUAACAGUACCUAACCCCACUUCCGUACCGGAGCUAACGCUAGCUAAUAUUACCCAUCUGUGUUAAUGAAGUGGUGUUAACAUGUUUUGCAGUUUCAAAACAGUUGUUGAUAAUGACACGAUUUUCAAUAUCCCGAAAUUGUCCGUAUGUAUUUAUUGGAUUGGGAUUGGCCCAUUAUUGUAAAAUAAGGAGAAGGCUGGCACAUCAUGUCUCUGGGUAUCUUCCCUCUCUCACACUCGGACUGUUACUGUCACCCGACUUGAGACCGGUUCUGUCUCUUCUGAGCAGACCUGCCCCUGUACAUCUGCAUUCGUGAACAAUGUCUGAACAAGACUUGGAUGAAAUUGUACAAAUUACAGUGGAGGACUUUAACCAGGAUGACCAAACAGACAUGCUGGACAAUCAUGAAGAUGAUGAAGAAAGGCCUCAGAAGAAAAAGAGGAAAUUAAGCAGCAGUCAGGAGAAUAACAGCAUUAACCAAGACAUAUCUUUUAUUAAGAACCUGUUGGUCUCAUUCACCACAUCAAUCAGCCAGCGACUGGAAGGAAUUGAAUCAAAGUUACAGGCACUGGACUCAACGUGUAAAGCCCUAGGACGCAAACUAGACAGCAUGGUGCCCUGUGCAAAGAGUCCUAUCCAGGUUCCUAUGGUUGCUGGGUCUCCUCAGGGGGCCACUCAAACUUGGAACAAAGUGCGAUGUGUUGUUCCACAAACAAAUGUGAUAGUGAGCAGUGAAAACCCAAAGGGCCCUAGCCAAGAAGACAACCCCCUGGAGAACCUGCUCAGCAACACGGUGAACAGGAGGCGUCAGAACACAAUCCUGGUAAAGGUGCCGGGCCCUGAGGAGAGUCAGGAAGAGCAAGAUAGCGGCUCAGAGGCCAGUGACUCUGUUUCUAAUGGUGGCCAGUCCAGCAAUGCGCAAAAUGGCCAAAAUGUCACGCUCAUCACACUCAAUGCAGAAGAUGAUUACCCUGCAGGCACCUGGUUGGGAGAUGAGAACAACCCAGAGAUGCGGGUUCGUUGCCCAGUGUCUCCAGCUGACAUGCUCCAUAUCUCCACAAACUGCCGCACAGCAGAGAAAAUGGCACUGACGCUGUUGGACUACCUGUUCCAUCGGGAGAUCCAGGCCAUGUCAAACCUCUCUGGCCAGGGCAAACACGGCAAGAAGCAGCUGGACCCGCUCAUGAUUUAUGGCAUUCGUUGCCACUUGUUUCACAAAUUUGGCAUCACUGAGUCAGACUGGUACCGCAUCAAGCAAAGUAUCGACUCAAAGUGUCGCACCGCCUGGAGACGCAAGCAGCGUGGCCAGAGUCUGGCUGUCAAAAGCUUCUCCAAACGCACGCCUCGCUGUACAUCCGGAGAGGGAGGCCUCGCAGAAGAAACGGCACACAUUGAGACUGCCACCCAGCAGACCUUGCACUACACACUGGCCAAUCAACAGGUCCAGUUCCACCGUAUUGGCGAGGAUGGACAAGUUCAGGUGAUUCCGCAGGGUCAGUUGCACAUUGCCCAGGUGCCACAAGGAGAGGAGGUGCAGAUCACACAGGACAGUGAGGGAAAUCUCCAGAUCCACCAGGUACAUGUUGGUCAGGAUGGACAGGUGCUGCGUGGGGCUCAGCUCAUAGCGGUGGCGUCAGCUGAUGGCGGGGCCACAGCAGUAGAGGGUUCCCCACUCCCUCCUGACAUCCAAGUGCAGUACGUCCAACUAGCCCCCGUCGCAGAUCACACAGCAGCCGUACAGGCUGCCGAGCUGGCCCCGGCCCUGCAGGAGGACAUGGAGGUGAAAGAGGCCAUCCAGGGUGCCAUCCAGGGAGAGAACGGUGAGGUGGUCCAGAUUGUCACCUCUGUGGCCACCUGAGAGCACCCCGUCUGAUUCGACACAGCCCAGAACUCUGCUCCACAGCAUGGCCUGAUGAGUCUCAGUGGAACAGAGGUUGAUAAAUGCACACAGUCUGACAAGUAAUCAAGUCAGAAAGCCUUUUUUUAAAAUAAAUACUGAAGGUCACUGAUGAAACACAGGGAAGAAGCAUUUUUCAGUUUUGUGUUCCCCUGCAAACUGCUGAAUGAAUUGCCAACCAGAUGUCAAGAUCUGAAAAUGUUCAUAGAGAACUGGAUACUCCAAAAUCUACAGUGGUCUUUCUGGUGUUUUCAUCACCAGAAGGAGCUGGCCCACUCCUGAAUACACAGUGGGAUUAUAGUCUAUCCACGGAGGAUGCUGCUUAUGCAGACCAUCACCCUGCCACCUCAUCAGCACACACGCUUGUUUACGUCAACUUUGGAAAAUAGUGGAGUUAUUUGGUGUUAAGCUUCUUAGCUAACCCCAAAACUCCCAGGAGGGUUUGUAAAACCAUUGAACCCCACCUCAAACAACCAGAACUUUGCUCCUUUUCUCGUCAUUUCUUGUUACAGUGGACUGCAGUGGAAAGUAGAUUUAGCUGAGGACAGCAUACUCUUCGUUGGGAUUAAUUUGGUUCGCUGUCACUCUCCAUGAUUCAGUCCAUACUGUGUCUCCCGGCUGUGAGCCCUGCCUUCCUUUACUUUGCUUGUUUUCAUAUUUCUUUAGCCGCACAGCUUUGUUUGUUUGUUUGUUUGUUUGAUUUAUCUAAUUGUAACAUGCAGAAAGUUUUGGCUUUAAUUUUGGAGGUAGAAGACCAUGAAAUAGAAGAGGUGUUGCCAGUGCAGUACCAGUUGCUGGUACUACACCAUGGAAAGCUUGAAGUUGUUUAUUUCCCUCAGUGUUGUCUCUGUGAAAGAUACAUUCAUGUGAAUAAAACAUGUUUGUGGUUGCCAUAAAA